AUGGUGGAAGACGAAAUCAUCCAUGAGAUUCCGGAUACAAGGUGGACAACUUCGAUAUGGAGCGAAGCCGACAUACCUCAGAAGAAGAAACCAAGCCUUGUCCAGGGUCCUUGGGAACACGGCCGCAUGUCGGGGAGCCGAAGCCUGGAUAAAACGGUUGUUGACUACAGUACGAUCCUUGGAUUCCAAGGCGACCUGGAUCUAGUGGGCAAUCGGUUCUACUGGGUGGUCUCUAUUGUUCUCAUCGCUCAGCUGGUGUGGCUACCUUUCUCCGCGUUCUUGAUACUGAAGUUUCCGCCGAGGACCUUGUUGCCAGUUAUGUUGUUUGGCUGGGGGAUUGCACAGGCCUGUACACCAGCCGCUUAUCACUUCGGAGGACUUCUGGCCGCCCGGUUCAUGCUGGGUAUUUUCGAGGCUGCCUGUCUUCCUCUUUUCGCAAUCAUGACCGGAGCAUGGUACCGUCGAGUAGAACAACCAUUACGCGUCGCGGCCUGGUAUGGAACGAAUGGUCCGGCGAUGAUAUUUUCUGCCGUGCUCUCAUACGGAUUCGGAAAGAUCAGAUCACCUCACAUGGAACCGUGGAAAGCCAUGUUUCUAUCCACUGGCCUGAUGACUAUCUUCACCGUUCCAAUCUUAUACUGGAAGCUUGAAGACAACAUACAGACCGCAUCAUUCUUUUCAGAAGACGAGCGAGCCAUGGCCAUCGAACGACUGCGAGCGAACCAAGCAGGUUCUGAUUCACGCGAAAUUCGAUGGAGCCAGAUUUCCGAGGCACUCAAGGACGUCAAGACGACUCUGUUCUUCAUCAUGUCACUCGCCAACAGCCUUGGCUCCCAGGUACCAAAUACCUUUGGGCCCUUGAUGCUCGAUCGUUUGGGUUACGAUGAGCACACUACCUUGCUUCUGAACAUCCCAUUUGGGGCGUUGCAGUACAUCGUUGUCCUCGGAGUCUCCUGGUUGGCUACAAAAUUCCGUUGGAAAUCUUUGACACUGGGCAGUGCCUUGGUGCCAGUUAUCACAGGCCUUGUCAUUUUAUUUGCGCUUCCUCAAGAUACGACGAACACGGCGGUGUUUUUAAUUGGCUACCACCUCCUCUCGUUCAUAUUUGGUUGUAAUACCCUAAUACUGUCCUGGGUACUGGCCAAUACAGCUGGACAGGCCAAGAAAUCCGUCACCGUGUGCUUCUACAGUGCUGCCUCGUCGACAGGCAGCAUACUCGGGCCCUUGCUAUUCAAAGCCAGCGAUGCACCACGAUACGACUUAGGGCUGAAGAUCACGCUUGGCGUGUAUAUUGGAAUAUUCUGGGCGGUAAUAGUACAAGUGGUCAACCUUGUGCUCCUGAACCGGGCCCAGGAAAGGAGAAGAAUCAAUCACGAAAAGCCAGCUCGUCUACACGACAGUUCGAUGGAGGAAAGGUACGUGGAUAUCAUUGAAAAUAAUCAAUACGAUGUAGGGAACUUUGCGUUCGCAGAUUUGACGGACAAGCAGAACGAUGAGUUUGUUUACGUGUAUUGA